AGCGUCCACCUCACGUAGUUGGCCGAGGCGGUAUCCAGAUUCCGGGGGUCUCGCUCCUUGCCGUAGUGGUCACUUAACCCCAGCGCCUUCCCAGUGCCUCCCAAGCCUCUCCUCCUUCCGCCCGGGGCUGUUCUAGGAGGAGCCUAAAUGACCGCCUCCCCAGCUGAAGGGGAUUGUGGUGCGUAAACAGGAUCAGCUCCCUCGCCCCCAACUGCGCGGAUCUGCGCCGCGGCCUGCGGGUCGGAGCGAGCCCUCGGCCACUUGGCCGCAGCCCGCGCUGUCCUCCGCCCCCCGGAGCCGCCACGCCAGACCCUCGCCCAGACAUGGGGGACCUGCCGGGCCUGGUGCGCCUCUCCAUCGCGCUGCGCAUCCAGCCCAAUGACGGCCCGGUCUUUUACAAGGUGGACGGGCAGCGCUUCGGCCAGAACCGCACCAUCAAGCUGCUCACCGGCUCUUCCUACAAGGUUGAGGUGAAGAUUAAGCCCAGCACGCUGCAGGUCGAGAAUAUUUCCAUUGGCGGUGUGCUUGUCCCACUGGAACUGAAGUCAAAAGAGCCUGAUGGGGACAGAGUUGUUUAUACGGGUACAUAUGACACAGAAGGUGUGACCCCAACCAAGAGUGGAGAACGGCAACCCAUCCAGAUCACCAUGCCGUUCACAGACAUCGGGACCUUCGAGACGGUGUGGCAAGUCAAGUUCUACAAUUACCACAAGCGGGAUCACUGCCAGUGGGGAAGCCCCUUCUCCGUCAUUGAGUAUGAAUGCAAGCCCAAUGAGACACGCAGUCUGAUGUGGGUGAACAAGGAGUCCUUCCUCUGAAAGUGGCUCUUUCUGAUGCUGCUGGACAAUCUUUUCAGAAACCCACUUUGAGAUAAACCAGCGCAAGCCUUAAACAAGGCACGCCGCACCACUGCUGUUCCCCAUCUGGUCCCGAUGACCUACUGGCCCUGAUUAUUUUGAAAGUGUAAUUCCCCUCUGAUACAAUAUCCCUCACAUUCAAGAUGGUGAUGUACCACCCCCGAGAAUACUUCCGUCUGUAUUUUGUGCUGAUGUUCCUGCAUCCAGUUGUUCUCGGUCAUACUAUUGACCACUCGUGACCGGAGUUCAGUGGCACUGGCAGGCUUAUCCUGCUCUUGACCGUUCCACUGACUGACUAUGGUGUUUUGUUUCCAAGUAAAGUGAUUCCUCCUUUUUUUUGUUCAAUGUUAAAUUUAAAAAUAACCAUGUGUAUGGGUCCUCCCAUGUGUAUUACGGUAACAUGUAAUUUGCAGUGUUUGUCAGCUUUCAAAGCAGGCUUUGUGAAAAUGUAACACAAACAGCAGCGAAUGGGGCUCCAAUGUUGUGCUUCCUAUCAACAGCUCCACUCUUUCAGGGAAGGAUGAUAACAAACCAGAAGGACAAUUAUGUACGUAUUUAUAAUGUAUUAAAACUCUUGUAAGUAACUUAAGGUGUUGUGCAAUUGCCUAGCCUAGUAGAAAUGGGGGAAAAGCAUUGCCGUGGACCAUUGUUAAAGUGACAGGAGUUGUAGGGUUACCCCUUUGACAAGCUUCCAUAGUCUUCAGACAUGCACAUUGAUGGCAUCCCUACAUUCUUCUUCACUUGAACUUUGUAAAACUGCAUAUGGACCUGUAAUCAACUUUUGAUAUUUCUUAAUAAAGGCAUUGAAAAUCA